AUGCAUUGGGCCUGUGCAGCAGGUGCGUUGAGGACACUCGUGCUGAGACUUGGGGUGGAUAUCAACCAGUGCGACGCCAAGAAAUAUCGCUCGCCAUUACUGGUAGCAACGCAGAACGGACAUCCAUUGUUGGUGCUGUUUUGUGUGAGAAAUGGAGCAGAUGUGACGCUCGUCGAUGAUGAUGGAGACACGGCAGUACAUUGGGCGGCGUAUAAAGGAGCGACGCAGAUUGUAGAAGUGUUUCAGUAUCUUCAAUCGGGCUCCGUACUACUUCACAGUGCUCAAUGCGGUGGCCCUAGCGCUAAUUUAUCUGCUUCUCAUAUUACCGGCAAUGCCAGACAGACGCAAUUUUAUAGUGCUACAAUUAGCAUGGAAUGCAGUAACCUGGUUUUCCUAUAUCGCACUGUAAUGAUCGUGUCCGGUAGUGCUCCAAACGACAAAGACACGAAUAAAGAGAGUGCCAGCGCGCGUGCUCAGCGUGAAUGUAUGGAGCGCCCGUUGUGUUACACAUGCCACAUCCAGAGACCUGCCAGAUCCAAGUACUGCCGCAUUUGCAACCCUGUUUUUCCUGCUUUUGACCAAGACUGCCUGUUUGUAGACAACUGCGUAGGACGCGAUUACUACGCAACAUUUCUGUUCUUUGCCGUUGACCUAGUAGAUUUUGCAUCUACUAUGGUGUGA